AUGGACAGGAAGCCGCUGGCCGCAAAGAGGCUUUUUGCACAUAGAUAUGCAGCCGCUGAUGCCGAUACUCGCCCCCUCAACGCGCAAAGUGCAAGGGAUCGUGUGAAGAAGCGAUACUUAUUCGAUAUUCUGCCCGAACACCCUCAGACUCGCGACAAGAACCGCUUCGUCUCGACACUCGACGUCAGACACAUCCAGACUACUGAUAUUCACGACCUUUCCUUUUACAAGAAACCUCGUGUUCACACCACCAAAAGUGGAGACUCUUCGUUCCAGAUCGACUACGCUACAGAUGUACUGAAUGUGUCGUCAAAGUAUCUCGUCUUUCCUCCACGGACAGAGGGAUUUCUAUAUUACCACCACCAGCGCGACUCCUUACCGGGGGAGGUGCGGUUUUGCCUUGCGAACUCACUCGACACCAACACAGGCAUGGACCUUCUUCUGCCCAACGGCCUGCCAUGGUCGAUUCCACUGUGGUACAUCGUAUCUGCUCCCAAGUAUGAGAAUCUCCUGCGAAAGCUCGUCGCAGACGGUUUAGUGAGCACUGAGCAGGUAACGAGAUGCAAGUGGAUGUUUCCCCUUGCAUGGGCUCGCAGGAGGAGAAGGGUAACGGUGCUGAUGAGGUGGAAUGACGUGUUCGCCGUCCCUCUUGAUGCGAAGACCGUGAAAAUAUGGAUAGCCGGAGAGAAGGCUAAGAAAGAGGUCGUGUUAUGGACAGAGAGGAUUCUGGGGCAGUAUGCAGGGAAAUCGACGGGCUGCGUACACGCCCGUAUAGAACAAGAUCCAAUUCGCGAAGUGGAUGUGGUGAAUGUAUUCAAGGUGCAAAAGGCAGCAGGGGAGGUUCCUCUUUCCCUGAACAGCCGCGUGAAGCCUUCAUUGAGCAGGUCUAAUCUAUUGGUCGAAAACGCACCCAUACGGGCUGUAAGUCUGCGACAGUAG